CAUAAUGCAACGCGGGGGAUUUAAAAAUAAUAAUGUGAAUUUACUCAGUUUCUAACUACCCAAAAAAUCAUUCGAUUCAAUUCUACUUAAUCUAUAAGUUUAUCUCGCCUUUCAGUAAUUACGUCAUUGCACUAGUGACGGUAGUGAGUUUAUCUCAAUAAAAAUAUUGGAAAGAGGUUAGAAAUCUUUGAAACGUGCAACCAGGGACUGCAAAUGGGAAAACAAUGAAAAAUGGCAGUGAAAAUGUCAAAUAGAGAUAAAAUAAAAUCGUUCAUAAAGGUUACAAUCAGUGGAGCUACAUUAUUCACAGGUCUCAGUGUUUACCAGGGUAAUGAAAAAUUUUACGAUCAAAUAGUGAUGCCCCUGGUGAGAUUGGUGGAUCCAGAAUUGGCCCACAAUCUAGCAGUGACAGCUGUGAAGUACAGAUUCUCACCCUCGCAGAAUAUUUCUGACCCCUCGACCCUGAAAACAUCCCUAUGGGGAUUAAAAUUCAGUAAUCCUCUGGGGAUGGCUGCGGGUUUUGAUAAACAGGGAGAAGCUGUUCAAGGACUCACCACCAUGGGUUUUGGAUUCGUGGAAAUAGGGUCAGUUACUCCAAAGCCUCAGCCAGGAAAUCCUCAGCCCAGAGUAUUUCGUCUCACUGAGGACAAAGCCGUCAUAAAUAGAUACGGAUUUAACAGUGAUGGUCACGAGGUAGUGUACAAUCGUCUGAAAAUCCUGAGAGCCGAUCCCACGUUCGCUGGAAUAAUCGGUGUAAAUUUAGGAAAGAACAAGACUUCAGAGGAUCCGAUAAACGACUACUCCGAGGGUAUAAGAAAAUUUUCAGACGUUGCAGACUACCUGGUGAUCAACGUCUCCAGUCCCAACACCCAGGGGUUGAGAGAUCUGCAGAGUAAAAAUAAUCUAGAGGUACUAUUGACUCGGUUGAAUCAAGUGAGAGACUCAAUGAGACAGAAACCACCACUUCUCUUAAAACUGGCACCAGAUCUGACUGAGGCAGAGCGUCAGGACGUGGUGGACGUCAUUCUGAGGAAAAAGUCGAGGGUCGAUGGAUUAAUUUUGUCUAAUACCACCAUCUCCAGGGGGCAAUUGAUGAGCGAAAGCAGGGGAGAGUCCGGGGGACUCAGUGGAGCUCCUCUCACUGAAAAAUCGACUGAAAUGAUUGCGGAUAUGUACAGAAGAACAAAAGGGAAAAUUCCCAUCGUUGGGGUUGGUGGGAUUUUUGAUGGGAGUGAUGCUUAUGAUAAGAUCAAGGCUGGUGCAUCUUUGGUCCAGAUCUACACGUCAUAUGCCUAUCAUGGCCCUCCCAUCGUUCAGAAAAUUAAGAGAGAAUUGGAUGAGCUCGUCAUUCAGGAUGGGCUUUCCAGUAUUGCUCAGGCCGUUGGAAGAGGAAGUAAAAAAUAAAUCGCCUUAUAUUUUGUACUCAAGAGGUAUUCAUCAUGGAUUUAAUUAAUCCAUGCUUCAGGGAAAAUAAAGAUAAAUCGUUUUUGUUA